GGCCCUCUACACAUACGAGGAUGGCUCUGAUGACCUGAAGUUGGCAGCAUCGGGAGGUGGAGGUUUGCUGGAGCUCUCCGGCCACUUCGAGAUUCAGAAGGUGAUGUAUGGCUUCUGCAGCGUCAAGGACCCCCAGGCCGUGCUCCCCAAAUAUGUCCUCGUCAACUGGGUGGGUGAGGACGUGCCAGAUGCCCGCAAGUGUGCCUGCGCCAGCCACGUAGCCAAGAUUGCAGAGUUCUUCCAGGGUGUCGAUGUCAUCGUCAACGCCAGCAGCGUGGAGGACGGCACCACUUACCAGAAAACUGACGCCACCGUGGAGAUGAAGCGGCUCAACCGAGAGCAGUUCUGGGAACAGGCCAAGGUGGGGGACGGGGGGGCAGCCAGUAGCCCUUGGGGACCGAAGGAAGCCACUGGCCUGCUGACAGACAGCCCCCUCAUUCAUCCCCCACCAGAAAGAGGAGGAAUUGCGAGGAAGCAGCAGAGCAUGGAGGCGGAGGAGGCUCGGCAGCGUCUGAAGGAGCAGUCCAUCUUCGGAGACCAUCAAGAGGAGGACGACCGGCAGCAGUUCAGGAAAUCGGAGUCAGAGGUGGAG